GUGAAUUCAGGAAUUUGAAACAAAGCCUGUUCCAAACUGCCCAGAGGGAGCCAUGGCUGCAGAGAGCCCCAUGGAAAGUCUCCAGGAGGAAGCGACAUGUCCCGUCUGUCUGGAGUAUUUCACAGAACUUGUCACUCUGGAGUGUGGGCACAAUUUCUGCAGAGCCUGCAUCAGCCAGUGCUGGGAGGGAUCCGAUACAGCUGCCUCCUGCCCUCAGUGCAGAGAAACUGUGCAGCAGAGAAACCUCAGGCCCAACAAGCAGCUGGCAAAUAUCCUAGAACUCGUCAAACAGUUGAGUUUACAGGCAGUAAAGGGAGCAGGAGGGGAUGGGGUGUGUGGGGAACACCAGGAGGCUCUGAAACUGUUCUGUGAAGAGGAUCAAACCCCCAUCUGUGUGGUGUGCGACAGAUCCCGGGCUCACCGCGCUCACAGGGUGGUUCCCAUAGAGGAGGCUGCCCAGGAGUACAAGGAAAGACUCCAGGCCCAUUUGAAGACUCUUAGGGAAGAGAGAGAAAAGCUGCUGGGAUUGAAAGCGACUGGAGAGGGGAAUUGGCGAGAAUAUUUGAAACAAAUACAAAGCGAGAGGCAGAAGAUUGUGUCUGAAUUUCAGCAACUGCAGCAGUUCCUGGAGGAACAAGAGCGACUCCUGCUGGCCCAGCUGGAGAAGCUGGACGAGGAGAUUGUGAGGAUCCAGAAUGAAAAUGUCAGUAAACUCUCUGAGCAGAUUUCCCAUCUGAGUGAGCUGAUCAGUGAGCUGGAGGGCAAGUGUUAGAAGCCAGCAAGUGAAUUCCUGCAGGAUAUCAGAAGCACCUUGAGCAGGUGUGAAAAGAGGAAGUUCCAGCAGCCAGAGGAGAUUUUUCCUGAACUGGAAGAGCGAGUCAGUGGUUUCUCCCAGAAAGCGAUUGUGCUAUUGGAGACUCUGGGGAAGUUCAAAGAUACUCUGCCAUCUGCACUGGAGACAAAAAGAGGAGGAUCCCUAGGAAGAUUCAGACAGGCGAAUGUGACUCUGGAUCCAGAUACGGCUCAUCCUGAACUCAUCCUGUGUCGGGAUCAGAAAAGUGUGAGACGAGAAGACACAGAGCAGGAUCUGCCCAACAACCCUGAGAGAUUUGACUCAUGGGGCUGUGUGCUGGGCUGUGAGGGAUUCACCUCGGGGAGACAUUGCUGGGAGGUGGAGGUGGGGGAUGGGGGAUUCUGGGCUGUGGGGGUGGCCAGAGAGUCUGUGGGGAGGAAGGGAGAGAUCAGCCGUAGCCCUGAGGGGGGGAUCUGGGCUGUGGUGUGUUUGGGGGUUUAUUUCCAGGCUCUCACCUCCCCUGCGACCCCCCUGCCCCUGAGCCGGGCCCCCAGCAGGAUCCGGGUUUGUCUGGACUGUGACCGGGGGCAGGUGACAUUUAUCGAUGCUGGUGACGAGGCCCCGAUCUUCACUUUCCCGCCGGGCUCCGUCCCUGGGGGGAGAAUCCGACCCCGGUUCUGGGCGGGGCUGGGAUCCCAGCUCAGCCUGUGUCCCUGAGACACACAGCAGAGGGGGGAACCGGAAAUCAGCCUCUCUAGCCUCAUGGACCCCAAUCUCUAUGACUUUGGAGGACUCCUGUUUACCCAGCCCCUUUCUCAUCUCUGUGAGGUGUAGAAGCCCCCCACUCUUCCUGCAGCCCCAGGGAUGGGAGUGGGAGGGGGGAAGAACCCCUGGGGCUGCAGGAGGAGCA